CCCCAAAUUCAUAUAUAGCCGCGAUUGCCCUAACAUUUCAAAAAUUAUAAACUGCUCCUCCGGAUUUUCUUUUACCGUCGAUCUAUCGCUCCACAGUUACAGCCGCCGCAGAAUUCAGCUCAGGGGAGCGAGUGGGGUGUUUUACCAAGUAGACCAGUGGCUUCUCCAUGGCCUUUCUGUUUAACAAAUUUCAACAGGCUGUGAAGGUUCUUGCAAAAAGCCCCACGUUUGCAAGAGAUCCAAGGCAUUUUCAGUUUGAGACAGAUAUAAAUCGCCUUUUCCUUUAUACUAGCCACAAUCGUCUGGGAAAGGGUGCUGAUGAAAAAGAUGCAGAAGAGAUAAUUGAUAUGGCUAGCAAGGCCUCCCUUGACGAUCAACAGAAGCAGGUUCAGGAAAAUGUUCACUGUCAAAUUGAAACCUUCUGCACAUGUAUGGAUGAAAUUUUAAUCCCUGUUUCAAAGAGCCCUGUUGAGCCUCAAUCACCCUCAGAAAGGAGUAAUCCUCCUCGUCGUAGUGGUCUUAGUUUCGCUGUUGGUGGAAGUUCUCCUUUGAAUAAUUGCCCUGCUGUUCCUGAAACCAAGGCUUUAAAGCGUGCAGAGGUUUCUCAGAGGUUGAAGGAGCUCAUUGGCUAUACUCUUGAGGUAAAACCAUCUAAAAUUCCACAUGAAGAUGCUGGCAAAGGUUUAUUUUUAGACGGUGAAGCUGAGCUGGGAGCUGUUAUAGCAUUCUAUCCUGGUGUAGUCUAUUCUCCAGCAUACUACCGUUACAUUCCCGGAUAUCCAAGAGUUGAUGCACAGAAUUCAUACUUGAUCACAAGGUAUGAUGGGUCCGUGAUCAAUGCAAAGCCCUGGGGUGCUGGCGGAGAAUCUCGUGAAAUAUGGGAUGGAUCGUGUGCCCCACACGCUACACCAAUUAAACAAGGUGCUGAAAACGGUUCUGACCGAGUCUGGAGGAUGCUUAGUAAACCGUUGGAUGGUACGAGUAUGGGACAUAAAGGUGAAGUGUUGGAGAGGAGAAACCCUCUAGCUUUUGCGCAUUUUGCCAAUCAUCCAGCCAAGGACAUGGCCCCGAAUGUCAUGGUCUGCUCCUACGACUUCCCACUAACCGAGAAGGACUUGAGACCUUACAUUCCGAAUAUUUCAUUUGGAAAUGGAGAGGUUAACAUGAAGAAACUAGGCAGCUUUUGGUUCAAAUCUUGGAAAUCAAAUAGCAGCAGCGGAGCAGAUGUCCCCAUCCUGAAGUCUCUCGUUCUCGUGGCUACUAGACCAAUCUGUAACGAAGAAGUGCUCUUGAAUUACAGAUUGAGCAACUCGAAGAGAAGACCUUCAUGGUAUACUCCAGUAGACGAGGAAGAGGAUCAAAGAAGGUGGAGCUAAGGCAGAGGUAUAUUCAGACCGAGUUUUGAAACGUGUGACAAUAACAGUUUGCUGCAACCAAGCUCCCUCGUGCUAUCAUAAAACGAGGCUUCAAACUACAGCAGCGAUCUGCUCGAAAACUUUCAGCCAAGUUAUAAACACUGCAUUGCCUUUGCAUAUGCAAAAUGAACUGAACUCAGAACUCUACCUUUUUCAGUUCUUGAUUUCCUAACUGAUGAGCGAAGACAAUUAUGUUACAGAUGACUUGAUUAUAAAGAAAAAGAAACUGAAGGAUGAGUUGCAGCUUUUGAUUGAGACUGUGUUUUAGACUCCAAUUAACCCUACUUUCUUGUACCCUUCAAGUUCAUCAACUAUGAAAUACAAUUUUUUUUUUGGGUACUA